UUUCUAACUAGCUGCCUGUUUCAUUAUCUCCUCACUGGGGCAGCGUUUUCAGUGAGGAAAUUUAAAAUAUGGUGAAGCUACAGUUGCCCAAUCCUGGCCUGGAGGACAGGAUACCUUCCCAUGCACAACUUGAGGUCCUUGAGAAAGAAGAGGCAGACUCCAGACCAAAAUGGGAUAACAAGGCUCAGUAUAUGCUGACGUGUGUAGGGUUUUGUGUGGGCUUAGGAAAUGUGUGGCGGUUUCCAUAUCUCUGUCAGAGCCACGGAGGAGGAGCCUUCAUGAUCCCUUUCCUGAUUUUGCUGGUCCUGGAGGGUAUCCCCCUGCUUCAUCUGGAGUUCGCCAUUGGUCAAAGGCUGAGGAAAGGCAGUGUGGGCGUCUGGAGCUCUAUCCACCCUACUCUGAAAGGGGUUGGCAUAGCGGCAAUGUUUGUAUCCUUCCUGGUGGGUUUAUAUUAUAAUACUAUUAUUGCCUGGGUAAUGUGGUAUUUCUUCAACUCCUUCCAAGAGCCCCUGCCUUGGAAUAGCUGUCCUCUCAAUGACAACAGAACAGAUUACAUAGAAGAGUGUGCCAAGAGCUCUCCUGUAGAUUAUUUCUGGUACAGAGAAACUUUAAACAUCUCCACUUCCAUUGACGAUUCAGGCACUAUACAGUGGUGGCUUUUGUUAUGUUUAACGUGCGCAUGGGGUGUACUGUACGUGUGCACAAUCAGAGGCAUCGAAACAACAGGAAAGGCCGUGUAUGUAACAUCAACUCUUCCGUACCUUGUGCUUACCAUUUUUCUGAUCCGUGGCUUGACGCUGAAAGGAUCAACCAAUGGAAUUGUGUAUCUCUUCACCCCUAAUGUUACCGAACUGGCUAACCCAGUGACGUGGCUGGACGCGGGUGCGCAGGUGUUUUACUCUUUCUCCCUGGCCUUUGGAGGCCUCAUUUCAUUCUCCAGUUACAACUCUGUUCACAAUAACUGUGAGAAAGAUGCCCUGAUUAUCUCAGUGAUCAAUGGUUUCACAUCCAUCUAUGCAGCAACCGUCAUAUACUCCAUCAUUGGAUUUAGAGCCACAGAAAGAUAUGAUGACUGUUUUGACAAAAAUAUUCUUACUCUGAUGAAUGCAUUUGACUUGCCAGAAGGUAACGUAACCCAAGAUAACUUUGAACAAAUGCAGCAGCUAUGUAACAUGACUGAUCCGUUGCUUUUUGCAAGCCUGAAGUUUGAAUCCUGUAAUCUGGAAACUUUCCUGAAUGAUGGAGUUGAAGGAACUGGCCUAGCCUUUAUUGUCUUCACUGAGGCUAUCACCAAAAUGCCUGUCUCGCCUUUGUGGUCCAUCCUCUUCUUCAUCAUGCUCUUCUGCUUGGGUUUGUCAUCUAUGUUUGGAAAUAUGGAAGGUGUGCUUGUACCUUUACAAGACCUUAAGAUUAUACCCCCCAAAGUGCCUAAGGAACUUGUUACUGGUCUCAUCUGUGUGGGAUCUUACUUGAUCGCUUUUAUUUUUGUGCUGAAGUCUGGUAAUUACUGGCUGGCUCUCUUUGACAGUUUUGCUGGCUCUAUUCCCUUGCUAAUAAUUGCAUUUUUUGAGAUGUUUUCGGUCGUCUACAUUUAUGGAAUAGACAGGUUUAACAAGGAUAUUGAGUUCAUGAUUGGACACAAGCCCAACAUUUUCUGGCAGGUUACCUGGAGAGUUAUCAGUCCUCUCAUUAUGUUAGUUAUCUUCUUCUUUUAUUUUGUGGUGAAAGUCAACGAAGAACUGCUCUACAGCGUUUGGGACCCUAGCUAUGAGGAGUUCCCCAAAACACAGAAGGUUGAAUAUCCCAACUGGGUGUAUGCUAUCAUUGUAAUCCUCGCUGGAGUGCCUAGUUUGGUCAUCCCUGCCUUUGCCAUCUACAAAGCCAUCAGAAAUUGCUGUCAGAAAAAAAGUGAUCGUGCGGGCCUUAUGAUCUCCACAUCUGAGACUUCUGUUAAUGGAAACUUAAAGUAUUCAGCAUAAAACCAUUUAAAAAAUGAGGAAGAAUGC